AUGAAUCUAUGUAGCCAAUCUGGUAACGUCCGGAGGUCGACCCGUAUCGUUACCAAAGCUUGCACCGCAAAAGCCGUUGACUCCAAAUGUAAAGCAGAGGCGAGUUCUGCGAAAAAGGUUGACUCAAAGCGUAAGAGUGAAGCGGGUUGUAGGAAAAAAGCUACCCGGAAACGUAAAAGGGCGGCGGGAACCACAAAAAAAGAUACCGAUAACGAAGAACUCGAAAGUGUGGCGAAUGAAGGGACAAUCGAAGUGAGUAGCUCUGACGAUAACGACGAGAUCGGUACUCGAAAACCCGAUAGUGUGGUGAACGAGGAGACGAUCUUGACUGCCGAAGCGGGGAGCUCCGGCAAUAAAACCGAGAUCGACAAUGUAAAGGUUUACAAAGAAAAACUUGUCCCUUCCGACGUGAGCAAAUUGGAGAAACACUUACACAACAUCAGAACUAUCCUAAAGUACUCCAAUGCCACGGCAAUCCGCAGGCACAUCGAUGUUGGUUAUACGUGUCUCCACUGCCCGAAAAGUUUCCCCCAACCGAUGGAUCUUAAAAAUCACACUCUGCUAGAGCACGCCAACGUUCUUAUACCGGAAUACCUGAAGAGCACUCGCCUGUCCACUUACGUCAUCAAGCUUGACAUAACGUCGCUCCGCUGCAACGUGUGCUGUCAAGGCUUCGCCCAGUUGGAGGACUUUGUUGAACACUUACGAAACUCCCACAACAAGGAGUACCACAUGGACGUCGACAGCCAUAUCCUGCCGUUCAAGUUCGACGGCGGUCCGCUCACCUGCGCCCUCUGCCCUCGCACCUUCAACCAUUUCAAAGACUUGCAGGAGCACAUGAGCUCCCACUACGCGAACUUCACGUGCGAAGACUGCCCCGCCCAGUUUGUCAACAAGCACGGCCUCCUGCGGCACACGACUCGCAUGCACGUGUACGGCAACUCGAUCUGCGAUUUCUGCUCGAAGGUGUUCGAAACGAGGGACAAGCGUUUGAAACACGAGCAGGCCGUGCACAACGUGAAACCGCUGAGGUACAAGUGCCAGCAGUGCUUCGAGAAGUUCAACAGCUACACGAAGAAGUUGAACCACAUGGUGGCGCGUCACGGAGCGAAGCCGGCCGUGUACAAGUGCACUUUGUGCGAGCGCACGUUCAAGAAUAGCUCGAAGCUCUCGAUACACAAGCGGCGCGACCACAUGCUGGAGCGCCAGCACGGGUGCGCGGAGUGCGACGCGCGCUUCUACAGCAAGACUGACCUGAAGAAGCAUAUGGUGAGGCACGCAGGACGGCGCGAGCACCGCUGCUUCGUCUGCGGGCAACACUACUCCAGGAAGAAGAUCAUGAUGGAGCACCUGAGGAUACACGCGGAGGACAGGCGCUUCAAGUGCGACCAUUGCGGCCGCGGCUUCGUCCAGAAGAUCACCUUGAAGGACCACAUUCGAUGCAAACACUGGCCGUUCGUC